CCGGCUCCCUGCCCGAGCGCAGCGCGGGUCUCGGCCGUGUGUCCCCCCAGGAAUGCCGGUGCCAGCGCUCUUCCAGCACCACGCUCACGCCGAGCUGCCCGGGAAGCACUGCCGCCGCCGCAAAGCCCGCACCGUGUUCUCCGACUCGCAGCUCUCCGGCCUGGAGAAGAGGUUUGAGAUCCAGCGGUACCUGUCCACACCCGAGCGGGUGGAGCUGGCCACGGCCCUCAGCCUCUCCGAGACGCAGGUGAAAACCUGGUUCCAGAACCGCCGCAUGAAGCACAAAAAGCAGCUGCGGAAGACGCAGGACGACCCGAAGCAGGCGGGCGGGGAGGAGAGCGGCGAGCAGAGCUCCCCCGAGCCCGAGCUGCCCGAGGCGGCGGGCGCCGAGCCCCGCAAGGCUCCCCCCGGCCCCUUCCUGCUGCAGGACCCCGAGGACGAGGUGGACAUCCUGGAGGAGGGGGACAUCUGCCCCCACCGCCUCUAG